AUGAGCCGGGCGGAGGCCGAGCCCUGCUCCCGGGCGCUGGCCCAGGCCCGCGUCUACCUGGGGCAGCUGCGGGGCCGCGUGGUCCCGGCGGGGCCCGAGGGCGGCGGGCGCCGGGACUACCUGGUGGAGGCGGCGCGGCAGCUGCGGCUGGCGCUGGAGCGGGAUGUCAGCGAGGACUACGAGGAGGCCUUCAACCACUACCAGAACGGCGUGGACGUGCUGCUCCGCGGCGUGCAGGUUGACCCCAACAAGGAGCGAAGGGAGGCCGUGAAGCGGAAGAUCACCCAGUACCUGCGGCGUGCCGAGGAAAUCUUCAAUUGCCACCUGCAGCGGGCGGCGGGCGGUGGCAACACCACGGCCACGGGUUACAGCAGCCUGCGCUUCCGGCCAAUCAGGACCCUGAGCUCAGCAGUGGAGAACCUGAGACGGUGUAAAGUUGUGGGAGUGAUUGAUAAGGUGCAGAUUGUCCAGGAUCCAGCCACUGGUGAGACCUUUAUACUCAAGAGCCUCCCCAAAUCCCACGUUGAGACCCGUGAGCGACAGACCAUCAUCCCUCAUGGGGUCCCUUUCAUGGUGAAGCUGUUGUGCUACUAUGUGAGUGAGGACUCCAUCUUCCUCCAUCUGGAGCAUGUGCAGGGGGAGACACUGUGGUCUCACCUCCGCUCCAAGUACUGUGUCCAGCAGGACUGUGCUGAUUCAAGCACCAUUCAAGCCCUGAGGGACCAUGGCACAGAGGAUGGUGUGGGAAACUCCCAGGGAGGCAGCCAAGUAUCCAUCCUCCCUGUUUGGCGGGGCAGUGGUGUCCCAGGCUCUGUGAACUACCAAGUAUUGGGAAACACUGAUGCCUCACUCCCUCAGGAACAGUCCCCUGGUAACACAGACUCUGGCUCAGGGAACCACCGCCAGCUUCUCCUGGCUUCUGCUGGUGGCAGAAGGGCUGCACCUGGAGGACAGGAUCUGAGUAUGACACAGACCAUGUCUGGUGUUGUGGACCAUUUUCCAGCAGCGUCAACCACAUCCCCUGGCCACCUUGCCAGCCAAGGCCUGGUUGUCUAUCCAUGGAAUGAUCUAACCAGCAGCACAGGCUGCAUAUCUGAGAGAACAGUCUCUCAACACAGCCCCAGGCUUCCCCAGGGCUUUGUCCCUCUACCAAAGACUGUGAGAGGGGGCCAGUCAGGGGCAGGGCAAUUGCCAACUCAGAAAGUGUCUGAGGCCUCCCAGGCUCAGCCCCUCCUGACCACGGGUGAGAGGCGACUCCCUGCAGGAGUUGCCCUGUCCAGCUUUGGCAAACCCAGUGUGCCUGAUCCAGCUGUGUGGGGGCCCUUGUGGGGAGCAAGUGUGACCUGUGGCCAGCUCAGCAAAGAGCCACCAUCAGGACAAUGCAGGGUUUUGUCUUCCCAUGGGCACAACCAGAGAGCGUGGGCUGUAAAGGAAGAGCAGGUGCAGCUGUGGGCCGCAGAAAUCCUCCUGGCCUUAGAGGGACUUCACCAGCAGGGUGUAUUGUGCCGGGACCUCAACCCCAGGAACUUGCUGCUUGACACAGCUGGUCAUGUCCGUCUCACCUUCUUUGGCCAAUGGACAGAGGUGGAGCCCCAGUACUGUAGCCAGGCACGGGAAGAGCUAUACAGUGCUCCAGAGGUGGGGGGGAUCAUGGAGCCCACUGAAGCAGCUGACUGCUGGAGCUUUGGGUCUCUCUUGUACGAGUUGCUGACAGGAGUGCCACUCUCCCAAAACCAUCCCUCAGGGAUUCAGCCUCACACCCAGCUGCACCUGCCAGAGGGCCUCAGCCUGGCUGCUACAUCGCUGCUCACUGAGCUCCUGCAGUACGAUCCAAAACAGCGCUUGGGCUCUGGAGGAGGUGGCAUAACAAAGCUGAAGUCUCAUUCUUUCUUCAGCACAGUCCCAUGGAACAAGUUGGUGGGCUAG